AUGGCAUCCUUCCUAUGUGCCAGAUCCGUCGAAAGGCCGCCGGGUGUGCCUUUGCAGGGCACAUCUGCAGCAUCUUCCUCCCGAAGACCUUCAGACGUCAGGAGGAAGGUUGUGGACGCGAGUCUUGUCACUUCGAUGUUUGGCUUAGUGGCAUCACGCCGCGGCAAAGGGAAACAUCGCGGGACGAAGGUUUCUACAGCUGCACACCCACCCCGCAGAAUCUUUGCAUCUCGGGAAGUGGUAAUGGAUGAUGUACAGGUCAUUGGUUACGACUUGGAUUACACACUGGUGCACUACAAUUUGAAGGCAUGGGAGGGAGCGGUGUACGCACAGUGCAAAGAGAUCCUCAGCAAAAAAGGCUUUGAAGUGGAGGGUUUGGAGUUCGAUUCUGGCCUUGUGAUUCGUGGCUUGGUGAUCGAUGCAAAAUUGGGGAACAUUGUCAAAGUGGACAGAUAUGGCUAUGUCAGAAAGGCACUCCAUGGAAAUCAAAUGCUGAGUGUGGAGGAUGUAAACGAAGUGUAUGGGCGACAACGUUGCCGCGUGGACUUGAGAGAGUCGCGAUGGACCUUCAUCAACACCUUAUUUUCAGUGGCCAACUGCUGUUUAUUUUGUCAGCUGGUGGAGCGAAUCGACCAGGAAUACAAGGCCGACGACUCUCCACUCCCAGUGGAUUAUGCCUGGCUGGCACGGUCGGUAGGAGCUGCUGUCUCUGAAGCACAUGUAGAUGGCAUUCUCAAGGAGAGGAUCCUCGAGGAUCCCACGGAAUAUGUGGAGCUGGACUCCGAAGCACCCAUUGUCUUGCUGGAUCAGAAGCUGGCGGGAAAGCGCUUGGUGCUGAUCACCAACAAUGAUUGGGAGUACACCAGGAGGAUGAUGAGCUACGCCUACGACCGCUAUCUGCCGCCAGGCUUGACUUGGCGCUCGCUCUUUGAUGUGGUCAUCACCAAUGCGCAGAAGCCAGACUUUUGGACUCUCAGGAUGCCUUUGUGGGAAGUCAUUGAUGAGGAACGGGGCCUCACUCAUUCUACACCACGUGCAAAGAUGAAGGCGGGCAAGGUCUAUUGCGGCGGUCAUGCGCGAAUGGUGGAGGAGUGCUUCGGAUACGGAGGGCAACAGGUGAUGUAUGUUGGAGACCAUAUCUAUGCAGAUACGAACGUGGCAAAGUCCAUUGUUCAAUGGCAAACCUGUCUCAUCAUGCGCGAGCUUGAGGGCGAGGUCCGAGCUCUCGCCCAGACGCAACAACGUCGGAAGGAACUCGGGGAACUGCUGGUGCGCCGUGACAAGCUGUUACAGCAGCGUGGCAUGAGGCGGGUGAAAGCUGGUCGGCAACGCCUGGGAAUCUCCACGGAAUUCUCUUUCGGCUUGCAACCAGCGCAUCAUCCCAUGGAGGUUGUUCGAUGGGGGGAUAUUCUGGAAGAUUGA